GUUGUGGAUGGUCUGAAUCUCGCUCCGUACAUUCUUCUCUCUCUCCUCCUCCUCCUCAUUCACCGCCCAAAUCUCACCUCCGCCGUUGACGCCGGCGAUUCGCCCAUGAUGCUUCCCUCCGCCGCCUGCACCGACGAGCUGGUCGUCUUCUCCUCUUGCCUCCCGUUCAUCAGCAUUUCCCCUAACAACCGCACCGAAAUCCCUCUGCCGGAGUGCUGCGACGACGUCUCCGAUGCUUUCACCAACGGCUCCGCAAUUUGCUUAUGCUACUUCAUUCUCCAACCGAAUAUUCUCGGAUUUCUCCUCAAUUCCAGCAAGCUACUCUCCCUCACAUCCCUCUGCGCGCGGAAUGAUCAAAAUUCCACUGCUAAUUUCUCGUUGCAAAAACUCUGUUCAGAUUCAGCUACCUUGCCUCCUCUUCGCAGCAUAACAGGCACCAACAAACCAAAGCCUCCCAAUACUGCUGCCCAGAGCCCUCCUCCACAGGAAUUAAGCGAACAACCUUCGACUAAACAACCUGCAGACGGAUUGCCUAAUCAAGCAAGGUCAUCAGCCCAAUCGUGGGCUAUACAGAAGAUCUGCUGGCUGCGCUGGACUGUGCUAAGUUCCUUAUUUUGCAUUUUCAUCUCUCACCCCUCCAAAAAUAGGUAGCUGAGGUAUUCUGAAUUUGCG